AUGAACGAUCGACACGAGGAUUCAUGCGAAAAAAAUAUGCGGUAUACGCACUACUACGGUGUGGCGCAAAUCAGGAAUCACGUAGACAUGGCGAUCGAAAUGGAUAUUGACGUUGAAUAUUUGGGUGAUCAGAUCCAGAAUGGCACGUACUUGCACACAUUCGCAUCCGUGGCGCAGCGCCGCGUAAAUCUUCUCGUAAGAAGUGGCCACAGUGGCGGCUGCAAAUCCACGAAAGACGCCGAGCGGGAGUGCCACAAACUGGGGGAUCUGCGUUGCAAGUCUGAUCAUGACGGGAUGCGCGGGGUGAGGAUGUUGAGAAGGAGUAAACAAGAAGAACUUACUAUUGGGUAUGAUCCAUCUUUACAAUCCAGGUUCUCAUCCAUUACGAUACUAUUUUGGGCGACUACGCUUUCCAAACUGAGUGACUGGAAAGACGGGUUUGCCGACUUGGAAGGCCGUGCACGACAGGAUGUAGGGCAUAAUGUUCCAAAGACGUGCCCGACACGGAUUGACUUGAGAUAUCAUGGAAGAAGCGUGGCGCAGACCAUCGCGUAUGUUGAGGGGCGGGAUGCCGAAGUGACGCGAAGGCGUAUCGUGGCGACACGGCACCUAUCACUAUGCAAGUAUUUAAAGAUGGGCGCACCAUGGGCGGGGAUGGACGGCGAACACGAGAAGGACUCCCUUGAAAUAGCAGGGAGCGGUGCUAAAGAAGAAGUCGCGGAGGAUGGUAGUCAGGAACGAGCAGUAUGA